AUGGAAGCGGAAAUUCAACGUAAGCUGCACACGCUGAAAAGCCUCCAAGAGUCGCGAAUGAAGCGCGAGCGCGAAGUCGACCAACAAAUCGACAAGCUUUCCAAGAAGCUCUCGCAAGAACUCAAGCUGAAACAGCGAAUCGCGGAGGAAGAACGCGGCGAAGAAAGGAAGGCUCGCGAAAGCGAUGUCGCGGUCAUCAAGGCUCAGAAUGAGGCCUACAUCAAGGAAACCAAAGAGGAGGAUUUCGCCCUCGACAGGGCUCAUCGGGCGGAGAUCGAUGCUUUGAAAAGCGAGGAGAAGGAUUUGAAGGUUUUUCAAGUAUAUUUAUGUACCUAGCUCAAGUUUUUUAGAAGCAGCUUUUUGAUCUGGAUUAUCGCCUGGAGGAGCUGGAACUGAAAGAAGCGGAGUCUCUCCAGCGCGAAGUCGAAGAAGGCGAACGAGAAUUGAUGGCCUCGACUUCCAAAUACGAAGAGGAACUCCGGAAGUACGAAGACGAGCUGGAUCAGCUGAGCAACGUCCACGAGCAGUUCACCAAGAAGCUCUUCGGGUCGCUCAAGUCGAAGACGGUGAACGGCGAGUUGACGUCGGGAAUCGUGGAGCUGGAGGUGGCCACCAACGACAUCAAGGAUGCUCUUGAGCAAAUCAUCAUCAGGGUGAUUAUUAUCAAUACAGUUAUCAAUUUUCAGAAUUUUAAAUGUUUUAAGGACGUAGGCAAAAAUCUAAAAAAAGGCGGAAAAAAAGCUCUAUAGAAAUGUUCCUUUUCUGCUGCCUUUUUGCGUCAUUUUAUCGGAACUUAUGUACCAUUUUUUGCUGCAUUUUCCUCUCUCUCUACCAUUUCUUGAGCCUUCAAAGUUCUAGAAAGAAUAGAAGGACUCUUUUCGCUGCCUUUUUUGAGCCUUUUCUCAGCCAUUAUGCACCAAUCCUACUUUGCCGAAGAUGUUUUAUUUCAAAUUAGGUCUGUUUCUUUUAUACGUCGAUGUCAUAAUUUACGCCGCGUUCAAAUUUUAAAGUGAUCCCUUUAAUGAAAAGAUAACUGAAGUUUGGAUAGUUAGAUAUAGUUAUAAAUUUCGCGAAAAUUGCUUUGAACUUUUCCUGUUUCAGAGCAACGUUUUCAACAAGAAAAGAGCCGUCAACACGGGAAAUGCGGAUAGCGCAGCCAUUACCAAGGUUUUCGUCGAACUUCUCACAAAAAUCAAUUUAAUCUUCAAGAUCGGCACAAUUUUGCUCGGGGAGCUAAGGCAGGCGAAGAAAAUGUUGAAAACUCUGCGCCAUACGAUCGUCGAGUUCAAGAAGAAAUGCAUGGCUUGCAAUACGGAACAGGGUAAAACGCUUGUGGUGAGUUUCACGAAAACUUUUUGAAUUUCGCAAAUCCUUGAACACAAAAAUAAUGUUUAGGAAUGUUUGGCCAAACUGGCCGAAAAGUUGAGCCGUGUCGGCGACGCGAUGGCUCACAUGGAGAGCGACAUUGAGGUAGAAACAUCAAUUAUUCGGAGAAAAAUCUUUUUUUUCUCAGACCGAUGCCUCCGUUGACCCGCAGCCGUUGCUCAAGGCUUUCGCCAAGUUGGAGACGGAAGUCUGUAAUUUGAGCCUUCGCGAUGGAGCGCCGAUGCCCUAUCAGCAGGACUUCCAGCAGCAUUAUCAUGAGGGCCGUGUUGAAGAAGUCGACCACGAUUCGGAUGUUGACAGUGUCGUUGUCCUCUAA